AUGGCAGCACCUCUCCGCUUCGAUGGCAAAGUCGCCCUCAUCACCGGCGCAGCGAGUGGCAUCGGACGAGCCACGGCGAUUAAACUUGCUUCUCAAGGCGCCAGYCUUUCUCUCUCGGAUAUCAACGAAACGGGAUUGGAGGAGACAAAGUCCCUUUGUGCCGACAACUCCAAGCAACAUUUUCUCUCCACUUUGGACGUUUGUUCGUCUGCAGGCUGCAAUGAGUUUGUUAAGAAGACGGUCCGCAACUUUGGAGCGCUGGAUUUUGUUUUCAAUUGCGCGGGCGUAAACCCUACCGCAUACMAGCUGACCAGCACAACGGACGAAUACUUUGACAAGCUGAUGAAUACAAAUUUGAAAGGGACUUAUAAUGUUACUAGGGCUUGCAUUCCGCAUAUGAAACCUGGGAGUAGCAUUGUGAAUGUAAGCUCCACGAUGGGUAUUACAGCCGCGCCUGAGUAUGCGAUUUAUUGUGCGACGAAAUGGGGAAUCGUGGGUUUCACAAAGGCCAUGGCUCUCGAACUCGGACCUAAACAAAUUCGCGUGAAUGCCGUUGCGCCGGGAUACAUUAAUACGCCUUCGAAUGCAGGCGUCGUGGCGGGUCCCGAGGCAAUCAAAAGGCAAGAACAAUCGGUUGCUCUGGGGCGGAUGGGUACCGCCGAUGAGGUGGCGGAUGUGGUCGCGUUUCUGUUCAGUGAGGAAUCCAGAUAUAUGACAGGGAGUGUAGUUGAGAUAACAGGUGGGAGAGCGUGA